AACGAAAUAGUAAAUCUAAAAAUAUUGAAAAUAGUGAACAAAGUUCUAGUAUCCAUUCCAGUGUUAACGAUCUUAGAAGGGAACGGAAAAAUCUUAUCAGACAACUUUUCCAAGAUCUCUUUGAUAUAAUGAUCCCUCUUACUUCCCUUGGAUAUAUUCAUCUAGAAGAUGGUGUAGUUGGUCUUGCUGGUGUAUUCUCUGCUAUUAUUGGUGCUAAGAUUCAAUGGGAAAAA